UCUGUCUGCAGUAAAGUGUACCAUGUUCUCGGUGCAGCUGCUGCGGGUGUCGGUACAUGAGCGGAUCAUUGCUGCUGCUGAAGACUUUCUGCUGCAGGUGGAAAAAGGAGAAGAACCGUCAGAAAUCCCGCUGAGAGCGCUGCUCACCGAGCGGCUAACGGCGGCUGCGGAGGAGAUCGUCGGUCUGUUGGAGGAAACCGUGGCGAAGUACGAAGACAGAGUGGAGAGAUCAGAGCGGGAGAUCUGCCGCCAGAGGAGGCUGCUCGAUGCUGUGCUGAAGCCCGAAGUCAAGCUGCUCAGAGCCGAGCCGCUGCAGUCAGUGAUCUUGAACGACUCAAAUCUGCAGCCUCCAGUUGAGCCUGAGGACCUCAAAGAGACUGAAACCAAACACAACGACAGUGAUGCUUCGUGUCCGCCGACACCUCGCUCCCCCUCACCCGCCGACUGUCAGCCCAUCUCACCAAGCGGCUGCAUUGUCGACAGCGUUCUGGACAGUGACUGGACGGAAGAGCAAGACUCCAGGACACUAAGACAGCCGAGGAAAAAGAAGAGAGGACGACCGCCACUUGGCGUAGCAAAGAAACGGAAACGGGCAUCUCCGUCGCAGAACUUCUGGUGUCAGGUGUGUGGACGCGCUCUGCAGGGGAAAGGCUUCCUGCUCAAACACGUCCUGCAGGUCUGCUCCAAAGACCCUGAGUGUCGCUGUGGUUUCUGUGGCGAGCGUUUAGACUCAGCUGACAGCCUGACCACUCACCUCCAAACCCACCAGAAGAAGAGUAAGACCUGUUCAUUCUGUGGAAAGACCUUCCACUCCAUCCUAGCACAGGAGCUGCACGUCCGACUGCAUACCGGAGAGAGACCGUACAGCUGCGAUGUCUGCGGCAAGAAGUUUAGCCAGAAGGGUAACAUGACGUCACACAUGCGCGUCCAUGCUGCAGAGAAACCCUUCAAGUGCAAAGAGUGCAACCGGGCGUUCUGUCACAUGUCGUCUCUGGAGCGACACAUGCUGGACCACAGCGGCGAGGUGAUGCUCAGCUGCGGCGUCUGCGGUCAGGAGUUCAGUGAGAGGCGACUCCUGCGUCAACACAUGACGAGUCACCAGAAGGACGAGCACAUUAAGAUCCACGCCGGAGAGAAACCUUACAGCUGCAGCUUCUGCGGAAAGGCCUUUAACCAGAACAGCAGCCUGAAGACGCACCUGAAGAUCCACACAGAGCCGCUGCAGUCAGUGAUCUUGAACGACUCAAAUCUGCAGCCUCCAGUUGACCCUGAGGACCUCAAAGAGACUGAACCCAAACACAACAACAGUGAUGCUUCGUGUCCACCGACACCUCGCUCCCCCUCACCCGCCGACUGUCAGCCCAUCUCACCAAGCGACUCCCUUGUCGACAGCGAUCUGGACAGUGACUGGACGGAAGAGCAAGACUCCAGGACACUAAGACAGCCGAGGAAAAAAAAGAGAGGACGACCGCCACUUGGCAUAGCAAAGAAACGGAAGCGGUCAUCUCCAUCGCAGAACUUCUGGUGUCAGGUGUGUGGACGCGCUCUGCAGGGGAAAGGCUUCCUGCUCAAACACGUCCUGCAGGUCUGCUCCAAAGACCCUGAGUGUCGCUGUGGUUUCUGUGGCGAGCGUUUAGACUCAGCUGACAGCCUGACCACUCACCUCCAAACCCACCAGAAGAAGAGUAAGACUUGUUCAUUCUGUGGAAAGACCUUCCACUCCAUCCUAGCGCAGGAGCUGCACGUGCGACUACAUACCGGAGAGAGACCGUACAGCUGCGAUGUCUGCGGCAAGAAGUUUAGCCAGAAGGGUAACAUGACUUCACACAUGCGCGUCCAUGCUGCAGAGAAACCCUUCAAGUGCAAAGAGUGCAACCGGGCGUUCUGUCACAUGUCAUCUCUGGAGCGACACAUGCUGGACCACAGCGGCGAGGUGACACUCAGCUGCAGCGUCUGCGGUCAGGAGUUCAGUGAGAGGCGACUCCUGCGUCAACACAUGACGAGUCACCAGAAAGAAGCCAGUGACAAACCCAGAAGACUUCGCAGCUCGGCACCGGCGUACCGCUGCAAAGUGUGUGGAGAUGCUUUCGACAGGAAGAGUUUCUUAGUGAAGCAUGUGGAGACUCAUCAGCAGGACCCGAGCCGCUGCUGUGGACUCUGCGGACACCAGUAUGAGUCCGCCGACAGCCUCGCCAAUCACCUGCGUUCCCACCGAGAGAUCAGCAAUACCUGCCACAUCUGUGGGAAGAGCUUUCCUGCUCACGGAGCGCUGGAGAUGCACAUGAGGAUCCACACUGGAGAGAAACCUUACAACUGCAGCUUCUGCGGAAAGGCCUUCAACCAGAGCGGCAACCUGAAGACACACCUGAAGAUCCACACAGGUGAGCGGGCGUUCUUCUGCAGCCUCUGUGGGAAAGGCUUCACCCAGAAACAGACUCUAGACACGCACGUCCGCUUCCACAACAAGGAGAGACGCUUCCUGUGCCAGGUGUGCGGGAAGGGCUUCAUUCAGGACGUGGACCUGAAAAGACACAUGCUGAUCCACACUGGAGAGAAACCGUAUAGCUGCAGGGUCUGUGGGAAGAGUUUUCAGGCCAAACGCUCGCUCAAUGGACACCUCAAAGCACACACGGCAGGGGAGGAACCGGGCCCAGAGCAGGACCCCAGCGCCGAGCAGAGGAGGCUCGACACCUUCUGCUUGGUUCAGCUGUAGUCUGAAACUAAAACCUCUUCUGGUCUUGACUCGUAG